UCCCUCCCUCCCUCCUCCCUCUCACUGUGGGCGGAUACAAACGCUGCAUGAUUCACAAACCUGUAUUUGUUCGUACUACUUUGAGCGCCAUCUUGUUUGUAACUCCUCUCUACGUAAGUGGGAGAGUUUUUAGACCGAGGGAGGGUGUGAGGGCGACUGGGUGGGGGGGUCCGGUUACCGUGUUCCAUCUUUAGACUGGGAACUUCUCCCUGUACUGUAAGGACGCACACAGACAGGCGCACGUCGCCGCGCUGCGCUUUUCUCUCAAAAAGUACAACCAGUCCUCGUCACUGGACAGACAUGAGCAUCGAAACGCUCCUGGAAGCUGCCAAGUUUUUGGAAUUGCAAAGCCAGCAUCAACAAAGAGCACGUGAGGAUGAACUGAAGGAGAAGCUUCGUCUGCAGCAGAAGACGGAGUAUAUUUACUCUGAUGGGAACUAUAACCCAAUAGUCCACAUUAACAAUGUUCCCAAAGCAGAAGAGCUUCGUGCUGAGCCCCACCCGGCACCCGUACCGUCCUCCCUGCCUCCCCCUUCUGUUCCCGCCGCUGUCGUCCCCAUCCCCGUUGUCACCCCCAACCCCACCGCUCCACCCCCCCAGCCCGUGGCCACGCUUUCACCCCCAGCCGCUCCGUCGCUGGCCUCGCCUCAGAGAGACCUUCACUCCCCUCAGGAGCAGAGCGCCGCAGCCGCGCUGUGCGCCCCGCCGCUCAGAACCGACCGCCCGGCCUCUAAAGCGGCCGCCCACCACAGACAGAACCCCCACCAUCCCUCGCCGCUCACCGACCCAAGCAGCAACGCCAAACCGGCGCCGCAGCAGACGCCCCGUCAGCUGGUUCACUGCUAUCCCGGUUCGGUCGUCUCCAUCUCUCAGCACCACACCUUGCUGCCCCAUCCGGGCCCCGUGCUUCAGCCCGCUCCGCUUCAGAACGGCCCCGUCAACCGAGGGAGUCCUACUGACGACAGCCGCCAGCUGGACAAGAAGAGACCUGGAGGGGCGGGCACGAGAGAAGUGCACAACAAGCUGGAGAAGAACAGACGGGCCCACCUGAAGGAGUGCUUCGAGACGCUGAAGAAGAACGUCCCGAACAUCGACGAGAAGAAGACCUCCAACCUGAGCGUGCUGAGAAGUGCUCUGAGAUACAUUCAGACUCUGAAGCGUAAAGAGAAGGAGUACGAGCACGACAUGGAGCGGCUGGCCAGAGAGAAGAUCGCCACGCAGCAGCGGCUGGCGGAGCUGAAGAACGAGCUGAGCCAGUGGAUGGACGUGGUCGAGAUCGACAGAGUCCUCCGACAGACGGCGCAGCCGGAGGAGGACCAGGCUUCGACGUCCACAGCCUCAGAGGGUGAAGAYGCUAUGGAGGAAGACCUGGAUGAGGAGACGUCGGCGGCCUCGCCCUCUGCGCCUCGCGGUCUGAAACCAGAGCUCCACAAGACGGCGCCGCGCGGUCCAGCUCCACCYGCCGUCACCGCCUCCAUCAUCAGCAAACACAUCUCCAUCCAGAACAGAGCCCCUCUGCAGCAGCCCACCCCUCAGCCCCAAGCCAGAGCUGCAGCUCCGACAUCCACCACCCAGACCCCCCUCUCCACCCAGACCCCCAGUCUGCACCCUACAGUCAUCGCCCACGCCUCAGUGUCCCACCCUUCAGUCAUUCAGACACUAAACCACGUCAUCCAUGGAGGUGGUCCUCAACACGUAGCCCACCUGGCUCCUUCCUCCACCUCCCCCAGCUCUGUGCARCUGGCCCCCGGUGCCCACCCCAUCAGCCACAUCACCGUGCACCCGGUGGCCCACCUGGGUCCCCACAUGCCCACCCUGUACUCCCAGCCUGUGGCCGUCACCCAGCCGGCCGUGGUGGGCCACAUCGCUCACACUCUGAGCCACGCCCACGUGAACGGCUCGUCUCCGAACCAGGCCGCUGUCGGAAAGCAAGGGGCGGUGAUGGCGCGCCACCCGCAGCUGGUGGGUCAGACGGUGCUGAACCCCGUCACCAUGGUGACCGUGCCCUCCUUCCCCAUCAGCACCCUGAAGCUGGCCUGAGCUCUGCUGACAGGACCGCCGGGCACAAGCAGGGGCAGCUCCAGGGCAGAGUUCAGUGACACGGAGAGAAGCGAGUCCUGCAGUCCUGACAGGAUGAAGCAGACUGUGUGUGUGGGGAGGCUGGUGUGCACYUUCAGACCCUCGCUCCUUCCACAGACACGGAGGCAUUCGUUUAACAGCAACACGCAGGAAGACCCCGCUCUGCCUCAGUGCAGACAGCGAUGCAUCAGAGCCGGACCGCCAAAAUCAGCACUGAGAACGUGAUCAAGAGCGGCUCCUCCUCCUCCAGCAGCGGGGCUGGAGCAAAACCACGGACUGAACUACCAACUCUUGCACCAGAGCGGCAGUCAGUGACGGUGCACGCAGCAACAGCGUCACCUCCUGGCUGUUUCUGUGCAACACAGCAGGGAGAGCAAAUAUCCAGAGGCGUUUAAUUUAAACCCCCACUCAGUCUAAUAAUGAGCAGUUCUGACAAUCAGCUGUCCUUCCUGUUACUGGUGUCUAACAAACACACUGUUAGUUCUCCACACCUGAUACUAGGUUUUAAUUUUUUUUGUUAUUUUUGCCAAAUGAUUUAUUUCACAUCAAUAUACAACAAAGGGAGGUUUAAAUGCUUUCAGACAAAUUUAGGCAAUUAAGGAACACAUUUUUAAUAUCAGAACAUAAAAUCCAUAAAUCUUAGUUUUCAUGACUGAUAAUGCAGAUAAUGUGUGUUUAUAUCAUGUGGUGUUAAGUCCUCAGAAAGGGGAAGAUUUGAAUCAGGUUUGGUGCAAAGUGACUUUAAACACGUGUCCUGUGUUAAAGUUGUCUCUGUGAACAUUUCUACAGUCUGACAAAGUAAAACCUGCAGUUUAAUCUGAGCACUUAGAGCAGCUGGACUCGUCAUCAUGAUCUGGAGCGAAGCACUCCACAGAAACUCUUUUUUUUUUUCAACAAUUAAGAGAUGUUAUUAAAGUCAAAUGUAACAUUUAUAGAUAAAAUUGUAUUUAAAUUUAUACUGUUGCUUGUUUCUGUUUAAUGAUUUUUUUCCCUCUCUGGGACCAYGAACAAAGUUGUAUAUAAGAGGUUAACAGCAGGUCAUAUUUGGACACUUUAAUAUUUUCCCACUUUUUUUGUAUUUUUACAGUAAACAGAAGAGACUUUUUUUUUUUACAAAAAAAAAAAAACUAUUUCUCCCACUCAAAUUUAUUCUGGCCUAUUGUAUUUUAAAGUAGCGUUACUGCCGAACUAAUGUAAAAAAAAUGUAUCAGUGUGGUCAAAUGUACUUGAAGCAACAGUAUAUUAAUGUGAUUUUCCCUAUGGAGAAAGUUCAAGUUGUAAAUACGCUGUAAUUGUUGAGACUGCAUAUAGAUUUAACCAUUGUGUAAAAGAAAUAUGGAGAAUGUCAAGCUCAAAAUUUAUAAUAAAAAUAUAAUAAAUUCUAUUAUGUUUACAAAUGACCUGA